AUGGGCAUUGAGGACUGGAACUUGAACGAACUGUUAAAACAGGCGGUGACGGAUAUCGAUUCUGACCAGCAACACUUUCGGCUGGCGCUCUUUUUUAUUGUGUUCAAUCCUGUUUUCUGGAACAUCGUGGCGUAUGCAGAAUACAGGACUCAUUUUUUGACCAAGAUUGCAGGUGGUGCUCAUCGUGGCUGUUAUAUUUUGGCGGCGGUGAUUUUUUCGUUGGGUGUAGUUCGUGAUUAUUUCUUCAACAGGGCUUUGGACAACCAAGUUCCGUCGCAGUUUUUGGAGUGGGAAUAUUUCAGGCCCCUUGGAUCGGUAUUCUUUGGAUUCGGUCAGUUACUGGUGGUUACUUCUAUGUGGCAGUUGGGUAUUACGGGGACGUACUUGGGUGAUUACUUUGGGAUUUUGAUGGAUGAAAAGGUUGUUGCCUUCCCAUUCAAUGUUUGUAAUAACCCAAUGUACGUUGGUUCUGCGUUAAGUUUUCUAGGUGUGGCUUUAUACCGUGCCAGGGCGGCAGGGGUGUUCUUGGCGCUACUUAUGAAUACUAUGUACUCGAUUGCAUUGAAGUUCGAGGAGCCAUUUACUGCAAUGGUUUACGGCAAACGCGCAGAAGAGAAGACCAAGAAGUCGAGUUAG